AUUUUCAUCAUGGAACUUUGCACUGUAAAAUUCCCUUCCCUGUUAAUGCUACCUGCCUCUCCUCUGUAANACUACACAUUCCCUGCAGUGGCAUCCUUCCCACUCACUGCUGUGCCCGGACCCAGGAAGGUGCCUUGUGGGGGAAUUGAGCCCACCUGUGCAGCAGAGACCCCCUCCACGUCUAUCUCUCCCUAACAGUAAAUGCAGGAAGGGAGCGGAAUGAGAGUGAGCCUCCUCCUCGAGCCUCUGGGUCCAUGGGUCAUCUAGGCUAGCCUCUGUGUGUUCUAAGGCACACACUGACCGCAGUGCUUCCCGGGGCCCUGGACUUUGGCUGUUUGCAGACUUUGCUCUGCCUGGGCCAGCCAGGCUCUGGGUUAGCAUGGCUGGCUGCAUCUUGCUGCUCCGGGGCUUCAUCCUUACCCUCAUCCUGCACCAGGUGGAGCUUUCCGUGUUUCUUCCAGCCCCGAAGGCAAACAACGUUCUGCGGAGGUGGAGGCGGGCCAGUUUGUACUUCCUGGAAGAAAUCUUCCAGGGAAACUUGGAGAAGGAGUGUUACGAGGAAGUCUGCAACUAUGAGGAGGCAAGAGAAGUGUUUGAAAAUGAUGUCAUCACGGAUGAGUUCUGGAGACAAUAUNGGGGUGGCUCUCCGUGCGUCUCCCAGCCCUGCCUCAACAACGGGACAUGCAAGGACCACAUCCGCANCUACAGCUGCACGUGCUCUCCGGGCUAUGAGGGCAAGACCUGUGCAAUGGCUAAAAAUGAAUGUCACUUAGAGAGGAUGGAUGGAUGCCAGCAUUUCUGCCACCCGGGGCAGUCAUCUUACAUGUGCAGUUGUGCGAAGGGCUACAAGCUGGGCAAGGACCAGAAAUCAUGCGGUCCAAGUGACAAAUGCGCAUGCGGGGNCCUGACUUCCGAACACAUCNGAAUGACUAAAAGCAUCCAGAGCCUGCCUCGCUUCCCGUGGCAGGUCAGAUUAACAAAUUCGGAAGGAGAAGACUUCUGUGCUGGCGUGUUACUACAGGAAGACUUCGUGUUGACAACAGCAAAGUGUUCGUUAUUGCACAGCAACAUCAGUGUAAAAGCAAAUGCUGACCAGAGGAUCGGGAUCAAGAGCACUCACGUGCACAUGCGCUAUGACGAGGAGUCAGGGGAGAACGACGUGUCACUGUUGCAGCUGGAGGAGCCCUUGCAGUGCCCCAGCUCUGGGCUCCCCGUCUGUGUCCCAGAGAGGGACUUUGCAGAGCAUGUCCUCAUCCCUGGAACGGAGGGUCUCCUCAGUGGCUGGAUGCUUAAUGGCACAGACCUGGCCACCACACCGACGAUGCUGUCAGUCACACAAGCAGAUGGGGAGGAAUGUGAACAGAUCCUGAAUGUAACGGUCACUACGAGNACAAGCUGUGAGCANGGCAGUGUGGUGAUGGGGCCUUGGGUGGAAGGAAGUGUGGUGACCCGCGAACACAAGGGCACCUGGUUCCUCACGGGGAUCCUAGGCUCGCCACCACCGCCAGGGCAAUCGCACAUGCUCCUCACCACAGUCCCGAGAUACUCCAUGUGGUUUAAACAGAUCAUGAAGUAGCUGAAAUCCAACAACAUGGCUGCCAGAGGGUCAAAUCCGGUCACAGUUAGCACUGGAAGAUGACCUCUUAUUCCUUGGAACUUUACAUUUUUCUUUACUCUUGAGAAUUUCAUACACACAUAUAAUGAAAUGUGACUACACCCACAUCCCAUUUCCCUUCUNUAACUCCAUUUAUAUUUCCUAAGACUCCACUAAGUUCAGUUAGCGCUACCUCUGUGNGUAUGGUGUGGGGCCAUCCACUGGAGCACCCUCAGAACUACACAAUUUUCCUCAGUGGGGAGUGUGGCAGGGAGCACCCCCCAUCUAUGUCAGAAUCUGGCUUGAUCUUGCGCAGUCUUGACCAGGUCACCCCACCAGAGUAGGGGGUCUUGCUGAGUCUGUUCCCACCAGAAGGCGCUCUUUUUGACAUCCCUCCUACCUCUCAGCUCUAUGUUCUUCCCCAUUCUCUUGGACGNUUUUCCCUAAGCCUUGGUGGAGGUGGAGGUGUGGGUGUAAGAGAAAGGGAGUUGGGACCUGUUGAUUAAGAUGUCCCCCAUAGGCCUGAGCCCUCGGCCCCUUACUCUCACUAACGCUUUGACUAAUUAUAGAUCUUUGCAUUAACUGCGGCCCAUUAUGAGAAGAGGGUUCUUUGACCAAAGCUGCCAACAGCCCAGCUCUAUGGUAUGAGCACAAAUAUUUAGAAGGUAAUUUUUAACAUGACCAUUUAGCAAAGUAACACUAGCAGCUUCUACCCUAGACCUGUGACCUCCCAGUCACAAGCUUUUGGCCGAGAUUAUAGCUUCAGGCAUGGAAUCCCUGGGAAGCAGGCCUCACAAUCAACCAGAAAGCAGCUCUGUACCCCAUAAUAGUUCUGCCACAAUUGCACCAAUGUGCACAUCUUGCCUGGCAUGUCAGUGUUGUGGAUGAGGGUCCAGCACUGGGUAAGACCACUGUUGCCUCUGCUGUUCCUAUAGCUAGCACAGGCCUCUGGCCUUAUGAAAGCUAGCCAGCAAGGAGUUUCUUUGGUAAUUUUUAUCCAAACAGAGGCCUUAAGGGAAAAAAAAUAGGAUUUGUGAAAUAAAAUCAGUGUCAGUCGUAAACGGGCCGAGUUACUGAGUGGAGAGAGGCUGUGAACACACGUGGUUGUGUCACAGUUAGUCUAUCGAAUACUGGAACAGGAGUCUCAGAGCUACCAGGGAGAUGCAAGGGCAGCCUCAUUCUGAUUCUGCUAGGUAGAGGAGAGCAGGCUUAAUACUGAAGAGGGUCCUGGACCUCCUGACAAGGCUGUAGCUAGACACGCUGGGUGAAGCCCCUCAGCNGAUUCCAGGAGUGCGACAGCCUCUCAACUCAGCCCUGUGGUUGGUGAGGCUGUGCUUAUGCAAGAUCUUAGUUUCCUGUGCCUCAGCACCCUCAUCUCUAAGAGGAAUAGCUCAACUGUGGCUAUGACGACAUUUAAAAGGGGAGGAAAAGGCAGGUACACUGAGCCCCAAGUCUGAAGAUAGACUGGGCUGUGAAAUAAGGCACUGUCUCAAACGAACAAAUAUAAGGGGCCAAAGCAGUGUACCCUUAGGCAAGAGAUAAGUGUGAGUAUUUAAUGUUGAUGCAAACUAGCUACAAUAAUGUAUGGGUCUAUGUGCCCACGAACUAGGAGUACACAUACAGGACACCAGAGAUAGCACACAGCACACAGUGUGGAGACACACACUGUGGAGACAUCACACAGACACACACUGUGGACACAGCACACACUGUGGAGAGGUUGCUUCUUUAAUUUCCAAAUUCAACUAUUCAUCACUUCAAUCAGGUUCUGACUUGCGAUGUCAGUGUUUAAUAAACUACCUGAAAAGUUGA